GGAGAACGUUCCUUGUCUAGUCAUUCAAUAUACUCGUUACUUCUCGAAAGAUUGACAGAGAGAAACAAAAUAUCCCAAAGUAAAUAAAUAAACUCUUUGAGUAAAAAUAGAAAAUAUUUUUCUACUUGAUAUCUGCAUCUGCACGAAGCUUAGAAAAGCGAACACUUUAGAAACCGCUAUCUUGGUACCGUAUAACGUCCAACAGUACCUCGCGGGCGCGCGCAAAAAUAUAACAGGCAUCAUUCACUUGUCGGAGACCAACGAUGGAUCAUCGAUCGUAGCCGGCGACUGACCUCGCCUUCUAUUGUGUUCAUUGUAUUCCAAGAACGUUCUCCAAGAGGGAAGACCUCUGAGGCAUUAUGGUAAAGCGAGAGAGAGAGAGAGAGAGAGAGAGAGAGAGAGAGUCUGCGCGCGGAUGAGAAGGAGAGACAAUACGGCGCCCGUUCUCCGAGUCGACCACCAAGCCGAGAAGUAAGGAACAGUGCAUAAGAGCAGGCCGCGAAGAUCGGAGGAGGAUGUAAAAUGGACCAAGCAACGACCAAGUGGGGAUCUGGAUUAAAAGCAAACGAGGGCAACGUCUCGGCAACAGAGCCAUCUCGGACCUUGAGGAGUCGAGGCCGCGCUGUAACUCCACACUUCCGCUUUUCCGUCCGCAUUCGUAACGUUCGUCGCUCUGUCGUCGUUGCCUAUUGUUAUUAUUGUUGACGGCGCGGUUGGUUCCUGUAACGGGUCUCCCCCGAAGCGACAAGCGCCGCGGGCCCCGUUGUUCAUGUAAUUAAAGACGACUCGGACACGACUAAUAUCGACACGAGAUGACGCCGAGAGGAGCGCUCUAUCUGCUCCUGACGAUCUUGACGUUAGAUGGAUCACAAUGCAGUACGAGAUACUUCGUGAAAAUGAGGACGAAUGCAUCCGAAAUGUUUAAAACGAAGAAUGACAAUCUGCGUAUUCUUCAGGACCCGAUAGCGAUCACGCCGAAUUCUCUGUACGAUAAUUCGGGUAACGAGCAUCAAAUCGAGGACGAGAGGAUGACCAAAGAAAUAUCGAGCAAUCAGUACAAUCGGAGAAAUUCCUUCGAUGAGACAUCGACUUUCAAUCCAGAUGUACUCAAUAAGUUUCUCGAGGAAUACGCGAAUAAGAUAAAGAGUACCACCGAGAAGAGCUUCAAGUAUCCUUUUAGAAUCAUAAAACCACCCGUGGAGCCUCUCGUCCUCGAAAUCGAUAACGAAACCGCCGAGACCACAACCAUUUCUGAACAGAAUGAAAAAUUUGAUCAAAUUGCAAACGCUACUUCGGCAGAAAAUGAUGCGUUAAGCGAGGCGCUAAACGACACCUUGAAGAGGAACAAAUAUUACGGUACAAAUACUUACGAGGACAGGAACGGCUGGGUGACGUUAGAGGCAAUUCCGUGGUCUAAGAGCAAAAUUUCCAAGUGGCAGGCGAAUCCUAGCACGCAACGACCUUGGCCAGAGAUAAAGCCGUGGGAUAAACCGAGCAUGAAACCAUGGGCCAGCGAACAUACCAUGAGACCCACUUAUGAAAACAACAAACCGUGGUUCGACAAGCCGAAACCGAAUUGGUCCGAUAACAACGAGAGCCCGUAUCAGAAACCGAUUUCCCGUCCUCCUUAUCACUCCGACGACACGGCACAAAAGUGGCCAUUGGAGAAAUACUGGAACAAGUACGAAACCCAUCGUCCAAAUAGCGAUAUCAUCACGGACGAUAGACCGGCCAACUUCCCCAACACUUGGUCCAGACCUCAGACUCCGUAUCAGUUUAUCGACAAGUACCCGGAGAAGGAUCAGUCGACAGAUGGAAGCGAUUGGCACGACUAUCCAUCUAAAUAUGAUCAAGAUCGACCUCGACCCACCUUGAUCACCGAGAGACCAAAUUUCUCGCAUUAUCAGUACGCAAAUAAUCAUCCACCGAAUCAUCCGGCGAGCGGUGACGGCCAGUGGAUCCUCCUGUCAACGAACCGUGGAUAUUCCAAAUCGAGACAGAGAUCAAUCAAGAUUGAUACGGUAAACAUUUCGGAGACCAACGCGACGAAUCGCGGGAACGGGAAUAGAUACAACAGGCCUGCGUUACCCGUGAUGACUUCGAAACGCCAGGUCAGAUUAACGGUGCUGCCGUCGAAUGGCACGAACACGACCACGUCCCACGGAGGCCUUCUGGAAGUCGAGAAGACGUUCAAGAGCGUCGAUCAAAGCCGCAAGGAGUACGAGAUGGGGAAAUUGACGACCGAACCGAAUAUCCCGAACAAAAGACCGAUCAGGCACACUUUGAGCGGACAACCGUCGAGCUCGGCGGUUCUGGCAGCAGUCGGAGCAGGUAUGUUGCCGGCGACAAUGGCAAUGAUGAUACCGAUGAUGUUGGGCCGCCGAAAGAGAGAUUUGAGACUGAUGGAUCACGGCUUGAGCAAGUCCUACGAUCUCCAAAUGGAUCUGCGUAAGCUCGCGAGAGAAUAUAACACCCAACAAAGGAGACCAAUAAGAUUUGUUUAAUAUUCAAAGAAUAACUCAUUAACGACAAUGCAGAAGAUGGAGAGUAGAACGCAUGAUUUGUACAAAUGACGUUGAAGUUUCAAAACAUUAAGGAUAUAAAAACAAAAGCGAUUAAUUUGUCCACGAAUUUAGUGAUUUUUUUGCGCCAAUCACUAGAAUUUCAAUAAUGCAUAUCAGAUUUAAAAUGGAAUUUAUAUGGAUAUAUAUAAUGCUUUUUACACACCAUUUCUGGAAAUAUUAUAUUAAUCAGCUAGGCUAGAUGUCAUAAAAUACUAAAUGAAUAAUUAAUAUAAUUCCGUCCGUAUUUACAGGCGAGCGUAUAAGUACGAUCUAUUAUUUAUCUAUUUAUUAAAAAACGAUUAUUCUAUAUUAUUCUUCCAGUACAGAUAUUAGUAAAUAGAGGAACGCGAAAAUCGUAAAAAAAU